AUGGCUAGAAUCAAAAGGAAAGGAACAUCGGGAAAUGCCAAAAACUUCAUCACUCGUACACAAGCAAUUAAAAAAUUGCAAAUCUCUUUAGCUGACUUCCGUCGUCUUUGUAUUUUUAAAGGUAUUUAUCCAAGAGAGCCACGUAAUAAAAAGAAAGCCAAUAAAGGAUCCACUGCUCCUGUGACUUUUUACUAUACCAAGGAUAUACAAUACUUGUUACAUGAGCCGGUCUUGGAUAAAUUCAGACAACACAAGACGUUUGCUAAGAAAUUGCAGAGAGCUUUAGGAAAAGGUGAAAUUUCCAGUGCUUCUAAAUUAGAGCAAAAUCGUCCCAAGUACAAAUUAAAUCACAUUAUUAAAGAAAGAUAUCCUACUUUUCUUGACGCAUUGAGGGAUUUAGACGACCCAUUGAACAUGUUAUUUUUAUUUAGUAAUAUGCCAGCUACUGAUCGAGUUUCCACCAAAGUUGUUGGUGAUGCUGAAAGAUUAUGCAAUCAAUGGUUAGCUUAUAUUGCCAAAGAACGAUUAUUGAAAAAGGUGUUUGUUAGUAUAAAGGGAGUUUAUUAUCAGGCUACUGUUAAAGGACAGGAAAUUAGAUGGUUGAUACCAUAUAAAUUUCCCACGAAUAUCCCCACCGAUGUUGAUUUUAGAAUUAUGUUGACAUUUUUGGAAUUUUACUCAACAUUGUUGAAUUUUGUCAUGUACAAAUUGUACAAUGAAAGUGAAUUGAUUUAUCCACCGCAAAUUGAUAUGAGUAAAUUGAAAGGUGUUGGUGGGUUGACUAGUUAUGUGUUACAAUCAAAAGAUGCCAGGAAUAGUAGUUUGUUGUUGAAGCAACAGACUACUGAUGAGAGUAAUGAAGUUGGUAAAGAAUUGUCCCAAUCGGAAAUCCAAAAGGCAAUGAAAGCAGAUCAAGAAACUGGUAAUGAUGGAGACGAGGAAAGCAAAGACGCCGAAGAAGAAGCUGCUUCCAACGCUAAUGUUGAAGAAAUUGAAUUAGAUACAUUCCAAGACAAUUCAACAACCAAGUCAGCCGACACUUUAAUCCAGCCAUCUAAAUUCUCAUCACCAACAUCACAAUUAUUUUCAAAAUUCAUUUUUUACAUUGGUAGAGAAGUUCCAUUAGAUAUUUUGGAAUUUGUCAUAUUAUCAUGUGGUGGAUCUGUAAUAUCAGAAAUAAGUCUUGAUGAUUUAAAAAUCAAUGAUCCAAAAGCAUACAACCAAUUGAAUUUGGAUUCAAUAACUCAUCAAAUUUGCGACAGGAAUAAAGUAUUGUCAAAAGUUCCCGGUAGAACUUAUAUUCAACCACAAUGGGUAUUUGAUUGUGUUAAUAAACAGGAAUUAAUAAGCGUUGGACCUUACGCUCCAGGCGAAACUUUACCACCUCAUUUAUCGCCAUGGGGAGAUGCUGGUGGAUAUGAUCCAAAUUCAGAAGCUAAUGCUAAAGCACAACAAGCAGGUGAAGGUGAAGAAAACGUUGAAGAAAGUGAAGAGGAGGAGAUAGAAGUUGAAUCAGGCGAUGAAGAUCAAGAGGAGGAAGAAGAAGAAGAAGAAGAAGGGGAUGAGGCAGAUGAAGAUGAAGAUCUCAAGGCACAAAAGGAAUUAGAAAUGGAAGUAGCCGGUGAGAAAUUUUCUGACUUGAAACAAGACGAACCUAAAUUGAAGAAACAAAAGACAAAAUCAACAGCUUCUUCAACUGAAGAUGAUGAAGCUAAGGAAUUGGCUAAGAUUAUGAUGACGAAUAAACAAAAGAAGUUGUAUAAGAAGAUGCAAUAUGGUAUUGAGAAGAAAGAGACGAGGAAUAAAGAAUUGACUAAAAAGAGAAAACAAUUGGAGAAGAAAAAGAAGCAGUUGCAAAACAUGUAA